AUGUUCGUGCUGUCAAUUUCAUUAUCAGAAAAACUCCUCUCCAGCUCUGCUAAAUGUUUUAGUAAUUUCGUUCUUCUUCUUCUUCUUCUUCUUCUUCUUCUCCCUUUUCUUCUUCUUCUCCCUUUUCUUCUUCCUUCUCUUCCUCCUCCUCCUCUUCUUCUUCUUUCUAUUCUUCUUCCUCUUCCUCCACUUCAAAUUCUUUCUCAUCUUCUUCCUUUUCUUCUUCUUCGUCGUCUUCCUCCUCCUCUUCCCCCUCCUUCUCUUCUUCUUCCUUUUCUUCUUCCUUCUCUUCCUCCACCUCCUCCUCUUCUUUCUCCAACUCCUCAACACUUCGUCUUCUUUCUCUUCUUCUUCCUUUUCUUCUUCCUUCUCUUCUUUCUCUACUUCUUCAUCUCCCUUUUCUUCUUCUUCAUUUUCUUCUUCUUCCUCCUCCCCCUCUUCUUCUUCUUCUUUCUGAAUGAAAUCGGACUCUAUUAA